AUGUUUGAAGGAUUGGUGAGGCAGUUGAUACUGGGAUAUCUGGGUAAAUACAUUAAAGACAUCCAAAAGGAGCAGCUUAAAAUUACUCUUUGGAAUGAGGAAGUGUUACUGGAAAAUGUGGAGCUGAUUCUCGAAGCCUUUGACUACCUCCAGUUGCCAUUUACUUUUCGAAAAGGUCAGGUUGGGAAGUUAAGCAUCAAAAUUCCCUGGAAGAAACUUGGCUGGGAUCCUGUUAUAAUCAUUUUAGAAGAUGUAUUUAUCUGUGUCUCUCAGCGAGUUGAUAAAGAGUGGUCUGUGGAUGCCAUUGACAGAAGACAGCAUGCUAGCAAAAAGGCUCAACUUGCUGCAGCAGAACUUGCAAAGUUAUCAAGGAGAGUAUGUGGGAAUCAGGCUGGAAAAUCUUUUAUUUCAUACAUCACUGCAAAGAUUCUUGAUAGCAUUCAAGUGUCCAUCCGGAAUGUUCAUAUCCUCUACCGAGACACACUUAGUGCAACGGAAGAUAUUUUAUUUGGCGUGAAGUUUUCAAGUUUGACAAUAUUGAGGCAAACUGCUUUUGGGCUUUCAACUGCAAAUGCUAGAAGGGGUCAAGUCAACAAAUUAAUUGAAGUUCAGAGUUUAGAGCUGUAUUGCGAUAUCCUUAAUGCAAACAAUAAAUCGAAUACAGAGAAUGCUGACGCUUUCAAGAGUACAGAAAAAGAGAAUCUCGAAGAUACCAAGUAUUUCUCUAUGUUAGCGCCAUUGAAUGUAUCAGUGUCUCUGUCGGUAAAAAGAUCAGGAAAGCUAUUAGAUGACACUCCAUAG